AUGUACGAAAGCAUCAUUCCCUUCCCAGCGGAAUCAGCAAGCACAGUCGACAAGUACUGCUGCUCUCAUUCCACAAGCCUCCCGCCGUUCUUCGCCGAACACGCAGCAUGGACCGUCGACAAGUUCCAGACCUCGUAUAUGAUGUGCUGUCAGCUCCAGGCACAAAUGUGUGUCUUUCUCGCAAGCGACCGCCGCGCUAGGCGGGUACUGGAGAUCGGGACAUUCACGGGAUAUAGUGCGUUGGCGUGGAAGGAGGGGAUGAAGGCCCUAGGCGGGGAGGUAUGGACGUGUGAGGCAGGUCCAAGAGCGAUUGCAGCAAGCAAAGAAGCGUUUGCGAAAUAUGAUCCUGAAGGAAAGAUUCAUCUGAUCGAGGGACCUGCUUUACAGACGUUACAAGAGAUCGCCCAUCCGCCAUUUGAUAUCAUCUAUAUCGACGCUCGGAAGUCCGAGUAUAUCGGAUACGUGGAGACCAUUCUUGAAAGAAAGCUUCUGGCGGAAAAUGGGAUAAUCCUUGCGGAUGACACGAUCCAUCUCGGGCUGGUAGCCGAUAGAUCUCCUACAAACCCGCAUUCGGCGCGGGAGGACAUCGAAUAUAGCCUCCAGCACGCUGAUAAUGUCCAUGAGUUCAAUGAAUGGGCUGUCAAGCAUCCUCGACUGGACGUCCUCCUGUUUCCCAUCUUUAACGGAGUGACGUUUAUCAAAACAAAGUCAUAA